UAGAGCUUGCAUCUUCACCAAAGUGGAUUUUCUCUCAGUUGCUCUUCUCAGACCGACUCACACAGGCUGGACCGAUUUCCUCAGCUCCGUUCUGUCCCAGAGAGGAUGCUUCAUUCAGACUCUUCAUGAGAUCACGGCAGAGCAGAGCAGAGUUGCUGCUCUGCAGCUGAUGGGCUGCGCUCCUUCUAUCUUUAUCCCUCUUUCAAUUUGGACACCGAGGAGAAAUAAAUAGCUCAACACACACUGUUGGGAGGCAAAUGAAUGGAGGAGACUCAUGGGGAAUUUCCCAAGGCUGUAUUUACACCAAUGGACCUGGACACAAGAUCUGAAUGGACCAAACUGCAUUUAGCAGAAUAGCUUUAUCAUUUUGUAACUAUUUUUUUAUUAACAGAAGACUAUUGAUUUGGACAUUUUGUGGGCUUUCAUCUAAAGGGAAAAUAAAGAAAUCCAUUCUAUGUUUGGCUCAAGCAUGUGCUCUUUAGUAUUGAUUCAUCAGUGGAGUCUGGCUGUGUUCUUGCUGUUCCCUCCAGUGACUCUCGAUGGGAGACCAGUUGAUGCACUUAAUCACAGAACGAGGAGGUCAGUGAGCCACGUCCAGCUGAUGCACGACAAAAGCAGAUCCAUGCAGGAGUUCAGACGGAGCAUGUGGCUGCAUGAGCUGGUGGGGGAGGUGAACACCGCUGAUCGGCACGCACCACCCGUACAGAGCAGAACUCCUACACAAACUUUCAGCGGAAACUUUCCACAUCAGAAGUCCCCGGGGGCAACCAAGAACCUCCCUGAGAAGUUCAAGGAAGACAGGGAGGGUCCUAACCUCCCCCAGGAGACAAACAAGGCCAUGGCCUAUAAAGAAGACCCUCUUAAAGUUGCUACUAAGAGGAAAAAGAAGGCGAGGUUAGGCCGGCGUAGAGAGAGUGAGAAAAAGAGGAGGCGAGCGUGACCUGCCAUCACAAAGAGGCCAUGAGGGACAGAAAGGCCUGACAGAAAUAUCCCCGGGACCUUUUCCAUGGUGCUGCACUAAGACACUGACACUGACUGACUCAUGCCUGACAGGCGGUUUAUGGUGCCGGGGUUAAGCUUGUACUUUGUAUUUUUGUUUCUUCGCAUAUCUUUUUAGCCUCAUAUUUAUUUGGAGGACCUUCACACCUCUGUAACUCCAUUAUCCUUCAAAACUAUUCUUUUGGAAACGAGUAUUUAUUUCUUUUCCAUAACAACAAAAACAGGGGCACAAAGAGAUGUGCUCUUUUCAGUGAAUCAAAACAAACUUCUUGACUAACACAUGCAUCUGUCAUAAUUUAUUACACUUUAAGUAUGUAUAUUUAUUUUGUGAAUGUCUCAAGGUGCUGCUGACUAAAUUCCCUUAUGCACUUUAGUUCAAUUCUGUUCAUGUUCUUUUGUGGUUGGGUUACUGCUUUUCUGUCUUACUUCCCCAUCUGUCAUGGAGUCACAAGGUAUUAGAAGAAGCAUCAGACACACUCCCAUUAUUGCAUAAUGCUGUUGUUUUGAAAGAAUGAGCCAGAGUCGGGGCUCUCGGAUUCAUUGGUCUGCAUUUGCACUGAGGGAAUGCUGUAAAUGUUUCCAGUUAAUCAAGUAUUAAAAAUGUAGCCUUUUGA